UUUUCCAUGGUUACUUUUCUCCGGCAUUCUUCACCCCUGACCUCUCAGACCCAUCAACUGUUUUACUAUUCUGAUUUCCUCUUUGCUUUCAAUUCUAACCCUUGUCUUGGCCAUGGAUUGUGUGACUCCAAUCUUGGAUGUUGCCACUCGCUUAUGGACUUGCACUGCCAAGCGUAUUGUUUACAUCCGCCGUCUCCCCCGAAAUCUCAAAAUCUUGAGAACUGCAAUGGAGGAACUCGGGAGCGUUUAUGAAGAUGUGAUUGAAAGGGUGGAAAGUGAAGAGAAACUUCAGAAGAAGCGUACUCGUGCAGUGGAAGGCUGGAUCCGCAGUGUAGAAGCCAUGGAAAAAGAAAUUAAGGAAAUAUUGGAAGAAGGUGAUGAAGAAGUCCAGAAUAAAUGUCUCGGAACCUGUUGUCCCAGAGACUCUUACGCCAGUUACAAGCUUGGGAAGAGGGUAUCUAGAAAGAUUCGGGCUGUGGCUGCACUACGAAGCAAAGCAAAUCAUUUCCACGAGGUAGCUGUCCCUUUGCCUAGUCCUCCGGUGAUUGAGAGGCCUUCGGAAAAGACAGUAGGCUUAGAUUCACCUUUUCUUGAGGUCUGGAGAUGGCUCCAAGAUGAACAAGUCAGAACCAUUGGAAUAUACGGAAUGGGGGGUGUGGGGAAAACUGCUCUCUUGAAGAAAAUCAACAACAAGUUCCUUCAACCUAGCCAUGAUUUUGAUGUUGUGAUCUGGGUUGUCGUCUCCAAACCAACAAACUUGCAAAGGGUCCAUGAAACACUUCGGAACAAAUUGGAGAUUCCAGAUGGUAGAUGGAAAAAUAGGAGCGAGGAUGAAAAGGCUGCAGAAAUAUUCGCUGUCCUGAAAACCAAGAAAUUUGUGCUCUUGUUAGAUGAUAUAUGGGAGCCCCUUGAUCUCUUGAAAGUGGGAAUUCCCCUUUCGACUGUUGGGAAUAAGUCCAAAAUAGUAUUCACAACAAGAUCUGCAGAUGUGUGUCGUGAUAUGGAAGCUCAGAAUAGCAUUAAAGUGGAGUGCUUGGCUUGGGAGGAAGCCCUUACUUUGUUUUGGGCCAAGGUAGGAGAAGACGCUUUAAAUUCUCAUCCAGAUAUACCAAAGCUAUCGGAAAUUGUUGUCGGGGAGUGCAAAGGCCUGCCGCUUGCUCUCAUUAUCAUCGGUCGGGCAAUGGCAGGGGCAAGAACACCUGAAGACUGGGAGAAAAAAAUAAAAAUGUUGAAGAAUUAUCCGGCAAAGUUUCCAGGUAUGGGGGAUAGUUUGUUUCCAGUUUUGGCAUUCAGUUACGAUAGCCUACCUGAUGAAGCUGUCAAAUCUUGUUUCCUGUAUUGCUCUUUAUUUCCGGAGGAUUAUGAAAUUUCUCCUCAACAUCUUAUCGAACUUUGGCUCGGGGAGGGGUUUCUGGAUGAAUAUGACGGCAUACGAGAAGCAAGAAAUCAAGGAGAAGAAAUUAUCGAAAGGUUAAAGGACGUGUGUCUAUUGGAAAAUGGCAGAUCCCAAAAACAAGAAUAUUUGAAGAUGCAUGAUGUUAUUCGCGAUAUGGCGCUAUGGUUAGCAUCUGAGAAUGGGAAGAAGAAGAACAAAUUUGUGGUAAAAGACCAAGUUGGAUUGAUUAGAGCACAUGAAGUUGAGAAAUGGAAUGAGACACAGAGGAUAUCAUUAUGGGAAAGUAGAAUUGAAGAACUUAGGGAACCGCCAUGUUUCCCCAAUAUUGAGACCUUCUCUGCAUCAGGUAAGUGCAUCAAGUCGUUUCCAAGUGGUUUCUUUGCAUACAUGCCUAUCAUAAGAGUUUUGGACUUGUCAAACAAUUAUGAACUUAUUGAAUUACCUGUGGAGAUCGGCAACUUAGUUAAUUUGCAAUACCUUAAUUUGUCAAGAACAAGUAUAGAAAACAUACCAGUGGAGCUCAAAAAUUUGAAAAAUCUCAAGUACUUGAUAUUGGAUAAUAUGAAUUCACUUCAACCACUCCCAUCACAAAUGCUAUCAGUCCUUUCCUCUCUGCAAUUGUUCAGUAUGUUCAACUCACCCUAUAAGGGAGAUCAUAGAACCCUUUUAGAGGAUUUAGAGCAGUUGGAAUACAUCAAUGAUAUAUCCAUUGACCUUACAACUGUCUUCUCCGCCCAAGCCUUAUUCAACUCCCACAAGUUGCAAAGCUCCACAAGACGGCUACGAUUAUUUAACUGCAAGAAUCUGAACUUGGUCCAACUAUCCCCUUACAUAGAGAUGCUUCAUAUAUCCUUCUGUCACGCAUUUAAAGAUGUGCAAAUCAGUUUGGAAAAGGAGGUGCUGCAUUCAAAAUUCCCAAGGCACGGGCAUUGCUUGUACCACCUUUGCCAUGUAAAUAUAUCUUGGUGUAGUAAAUUGUUGAACUUGACCUGGCUUAUUUAUGCUCCAAACCUUAAGUUUCUAUCGAUUGAUGACUGUGGGUCAUUGGAAGAAGUGGUUGAAAUCGAAAAGAGCGAAGUUUCAGAACUUGAACUGAAUUUCGACCUUUUUUCAAGACUGGUAUCUCUCACUUUGAUUAAUCUACCAAAACUAAGGAGUAUAUGUAGAUGGCGGCAGUCCUUUCCUUCCUUGAGAGAAAUCACUGUGCUUGGGUGUCCAAGAAUAAGGAAGCUGCCAUUUGAUUCCGACACCGGAACUAGUAAGAAUUUAGAGAAAAUCAUUGGAGAACAAGAAUGGUGGGAUGGCUUGGAGUGGGAGGACAAAACCAUUAUGCACAGUCUCACUCCAUAUUUUCGAACAACGCAAAGCUCAAAAAGACUAGAGUUCCCAUUCAUCCCAUUACAGGACAGGCAUAUUUCAAGAUUCCCAAGAUGUAUUUCAAGAUUCUUACAAGCUCCUUUUGGCCACAUGGAUGUUUGAUUAUGUACUAACAUAUUUCUUAUUGAGUAUUUCUUAUUUGUGAGUAUGCAUAUUUGUGGAUUGUCAAUUGUAUCAGCAAGAAAAACUCAAAUUUAUGAUAACCUUUUGUUCAUAUAUUGCA